AUGCCGCCCAUGCCGCCCAAGCCGCUCAAAGCCACCGCCAAGAAGGGCCUGUCUCAGUCUAUUCACAAUCCACGAUCUGGAGAUAGCCUACAGUUGCGGCCAACACACUUCAUCAUCCGCGAGGGCAGUCCUGGUUCCAUCGUGCCCGUCAUCCCAGUCGACCUACUCCCGGACUAUGUGACAGUCCUCGGCCUAUCGCGGAAGUUAACUAUCGGGGAGACCGCCGGCAUGUCGAACUUGGGCACUUUCACCAAGCCAAAAGGUCACUUUCAGCUACAAUUUGUUUCCCAUGCUCAUGAUCGUCCCACUGGUGGAGGACUUGAGAGCCCUGAUCCAUAUUGCCCUCGCGAGCCUCAGCGGCUGAGACUUGACAUUGCAAAAGACCACGAAACCGGUCAGCAGUCUAGUGUGAUCAAGCGCAGCUCAUCUGCAGCUUCUACGUCAGCAGCUUCGCAGCCAACUCCUAGAACAUUGGCAGAAAUCCCUCUCCCUGCUCCAUCCCGGGCUCUCGACUGGGCCGAAGACACAUCAUUGGUCUCUACAGACGACUUCUCCGCUGCGGACUCCUCUGCACCAGCUUCCUCAAAAUCCUCAUCCGGCUCCAGAGACAAACAGAGGAUCGUCCAACGAGCUCCCCCAACCGUCAUCAAGGAGAAAUCGGACGCCGAGAUCGCAGAGCGCAUGCUCCAGCUAGGCCGCGUACAGCACGCCGUUCGCCACAACCAUCCCGACGAGGCCCUGAAGACGGUGCCCAUCGCUGGAGCUCAGAAGCCUGUCCCCAGAUCCACCGGCAAGCAGAAGUUGGUCCGGCCGGACGGCAGCCUUUGCCGCCACUGGUGCCAGACGGGCCAGUGCAGCUGGGGUACCGAGUGCCGCUACACGCACCAGAUGCCCGUGACGCUGGAGGGGCUCGCGGACGUCGGUCUCGUGGAGUUGCCGGCUUGGUGGCGCAAAAAGGCUGGGUUGCCUGCCAAGGGAACCAUUGACGCGCGCAUCUUUGCUGCUGCUGGUAGGCAGAAGAGUCCCUCUCCGGCACUGGGUGUCACUACUGCUUCUUCGCCGGUCGCCCUUCGUCCGUCAAAGAAGACCAGGCUGAGGGCGGGAAAGUACGAGAGGAAGUUGGCAGAGGAGCUUCGUGUCGUUCGGCUUGGGAUUGAGAGGGCGCAGGCGACGACGUCGUCUCCUGUGAUUGCUGUCGGCAGCAAGAAGAGAUUGAGCUCUGGAUGGUUGCAGACUCAGACGACGGGGGUUAUGCGGCAGAAUGAUACGGGAGUUGAGAAGCUUGUUGAUAUUUGA